ACUAACCACCCCCAAAUGAAGUCAACAGAGGAGAGAGAGAGAGAGAUUCUCUUGGAACAUCUGAACAUGGAGUUGGAGCAGUGGAAGUGGACACGGAGCUCGGUCCCUGAUGAUAUUGCCCUGGAGAUCGUAUCAUUCCUCCAAGUCACUGAUGUCUGCGCCCUGGGUAGUUGUUCCCGGUUUUGGAGGGAAUUGUGUGCGUCGGAUUGCCUAUGGCUUUCUUUGUCCAGACAGAGAUGGCCUUCUUUGGAUUUCUCAUCCCAACCCCCUGUUUUGGAAGUCGCCGACGGGCAGCCUGAAAAGGUUUUGGUGGAUCAGUCCUCUUCUACCAAGGGAUGGAGGGACUUCUAUAUAAAGCGGCAUAAUGAGAUGACUGGUAAAGCUACUGCCAUUGUUAACUUUGUCGAGCUAUGCUCCCCAUCUAAAUCAAUCGAGGUUGCAGACUAUCUAAAAGCCAUUGCAAACCUUUGUUUGAUGAAGAUGGAGUUUGAGGAUGUUCAAAUGUUCUUGUUCACAAAGCAGAACGUGCUUCUUAACCUGAUUGGUUUGCACUAUUCCAUAUUUUGGCUCCAAAUUGAGGCUGACUCUGUGACGGAGGCCCUCUGUAGAUGUGAUAUAGCAGAACAGCAAGUGUGCGUGAGAUGGUGGAAGCUUGGGAGGUGGUUUUAUGGGUUUCGGUUGCGUGAUGAGUCGCACUCUCGCACAGUGUUGUUGAGAGAUCUUGCAAUGGCCAGAGAGGAAGAAGUGUUUGGGGUGCUUAAUCGAGGAGCCAUUCACGAGGUUUUACGCGUUCAAAUCUCAGAUGCAGUUCCCUCAUGCACCUCUUGGGCGUUCCCAGACAUGCAAAGGCAGGGCUAGUGCAUACUUGAUGCACUAUAUUUAUUUGUAUGUAUGUAAUUUUACUUCUGUAUAUAAUUGUGGUAUACGCAUGUAGGUUGAAAUGUGUAUUUUACUUCAUUUGACUUCUAUAAAAAGGAUAUUUAUAUAUAACAUAUCUAUGCUUUUUAAUUCAAUGUGAAUAUGAUGUAUGUUUGAGCAAUAAGAAUAUUAAACUAUUGUUAUAGGAAGAGAAAUGAAUCUCUCUCUCUAUUA